GACACGUCGGAAGAGUGAAGUUAAUGAAAUGGCUGCUUCAGCUGAUAUUUUCAAAUUAGCACAAAGCCAUCCUGCUGCAGAGUUGAGGAUUGUUUUGAUAGGAGGAAGGUUAAAUGGAAGUCUCAGUGGUAAAAGUUCAGCUGGAAACAUUAUCCUGGGUCAAAAUGUUUUUGACACCAGCAGAAGAACAGCUCAGAGUGAAGCGAGGCAGCAGGAAGUGUUCGGCAGACUAGUCACAGUGGUUGAUACUCCAGGAUGGUGGUGGAUUUGGCCUAAAGAAGAAACUCCAAAACUGGAUCAGAUAGAAAUCCAGAACAGUGUCCAUCUGUGUCCACCAGGACCUCAUGUCUUUCUUCUGGUCAUUCAUUAUGAUUUAUAUUUACCACAGUGGGUCAAAUCAUCACUAAAGAAGCACCUGAAACUUUUCAAUGCAGAUGUUUUCAGUCACACCAUCGUGCUGAUCACUGCAGUCGCUCCAUGUAGUGACGAAGAGGUUGAGUCAAGAAUCAACACAAGUCCAACCCUUCAGUGGAUUCUUCAACAAUGUGAAGACAGAAAACAUUUUCUCAACAUCAGUGACAGAGACGAUAGAGAUCAAGUUGAGAUCUUGUUAGAGAAAAUUGAGACCCUGGUUAUAAUCAAUGGAGACAGACACUGUUCUGUUGACAGAAGUCAAGGAAAAACUCUGAGAAAAGAAAUGACAGAUUUGACUGAAAGAGGCUCAAAAAGGUUUGAUCAAGUCCAGAAACAAAGAAGCAAACUCAAAGAACUAAUUAAAGGUGGAAAAGUCCCUCCAAACCUUUUGAGAAUAUUGAUGAUUGGAGAUUCACUGGCUGGCAAAAGCUCAACAGGAAACACCAUCCUUGGAACAAAGGCUUUUGAUGUUAAUAAAAAUGGAAGAACAACAACCCACAGUGAAAUCAGACACAGUGUGGUUGAAGGAAGGCGGCUCACAGUGGUCGAUUCUCCUGGAUGGUUCUGCAUCAACACCCUUCAGGAAACCAGUGAGAUGGAUAAACUGGAAAUAGAGAACAGUGUGAAUCUGUGUCCUCCAGGACCACAUGCUGUGCUGCUGGUUAUUCCUCUGAUAAUCAACAUUGAUGAAUCAUAUCUGAGAUCUGUUCAGGAACACAUGAGUCUGUUUAGAAAAGACAUCUGGAAACAUACACUUCUUGUGUUUACCUAUGGAGACUGGCUAGGAGUGAAGACUGUAGAGGAGCGCAUAGAGAGUGAGGAAGGUCUGCAGUGGAUAGUGAACAAGUGUGAGAACAGGUAUCAUGUCCUGAACAACAAGGACCACAGUGAUAAGACUCAGGUAAAGGAACUCCUGGAGAAGAUUGAAGAGAUGUGGGCAGGAAAUGAAGAUCCUUGUUAUGAAGUGGAGCUGGACCGAGCAACACAGCUAGAAACCAAGAGAGAGACUGGAGACAAGAUGGUCAAAAGGUUGAAGAAGAUCAAUGAGAGACAGUCAAGAGUAAUGAAAGAGGUGAUUGGAGGUGAGAGACAUCCAAUCACAGACAUCGGGAUUGUUCUUGUUGGUCAGAAAUGUUCAGGGAAAAGUGAAGUUGGAAACAUGAUUCUGUUCAAUGAAAAAUUUAAAAUGACCUUUGAGAGAGCUUGGUUGAAAAAGACCUACCAAGAUCACAAAUUUGCAACAUGUGUAAAACACGAAGGAAUGUUUGAAAGAGUAAAAGUCUCAGUUGUGGAAACACCAGGCUGGUUCUCAGACCCAACACCACCGGACUGGAUCAAAGAUGAAGUUCUCCACAGUGUCUCCAUGUGUUCUCCUGGACCUCAUGUUUUUCUCCUGCUUGUUCCCAUCCUCAGAUCUUUCACAGAGAAAGAUCUCAAAGCUCUGGUGGAGAUCUUGAAGCCAUUAACAGAGAGAGUGUGGAGACACUGCAUGGUGCUGUUUACCUGGGGACACUGGCUCAAUGAUCUCCCUGUAGAGAAUUACAUCGUCAGAGAGGGAAAGGAGCUCCAGGAGCUUCUGGAGAAAUGUGGGAACAGAUACCAUGUUCUAAACCCCAAUCGAUAUGGUGAUGCUGUUCAAGUUGAAGAGCUGUUCCAAAAAAUUAUUAACAUGGUAAAACAAAACAAGGGAUGCUUUACAGCUGAAAGUAAACACAAUACAUUUCUCAGUUUCCUUUUGCCACCAAAACAAUAGACACUUACAGAACAAGAAUGGAGCAGGACAGAACAGGAUCUAAUAGAGCGAGUGAUGAGAGCUUUAGCAAAGGAACCAGAAGAACCAACAGAUCCUCACGUGAAAACAGCAGAGAGCAAAGAAGACGGUCCUAACAGAACAGGUUUUGUGAGAACAAACAACAAGCAGAAACGUCGACAGAGUGAAUCUAACAAGAUGGCUGCUUCAACUGACAUUUCCAACUCAGCACAAAGUCACCUUGAUACAGAGUUGAGGAUUGUAUUGAUUGGAGGAAGAUAUGACGACCCUCUCAGUGGUAAAAGCUCUGCUGGAAAUAUCAUUCUGGGUCAAAAUGUUUUUGACACCAGCAGAAGAACAGCUCAGAGUGAAGCGAGGCAGCAGGAAGUGUUCGGCAGACGAGUCACAGUGGUUGAUACUCCAGGAUGGUGGUGGCUUUGGCCCAAAGAAGAAACUCCAAAACUGGAUCACAUAGAAAUCCAGAACAGUGUCCAUCUGUGUCCACCAGGACCUCAUGUCUUUCUUCUGGUCAUUCCUACUGGUUUAUAUUUACAUCAGAAAGUCAAAGCAUCACUACAGCAGCACUUGGAGCUUUUCAAUACAAAUGUUUUCAGUCACACCAUCGUGCUGUUCACUGCAGUCGCUCCAUGUAGUGAUGAAAAGAUAGAAUCUAUAAUCAGAAGAAGACCAGCCCUGCAGUGGAUUCUUCAACAAUGUGGAAACAGAAAACAUUUUCUCAACAUCAGUAACAGAGAAGAUAGAGAUCAAGUAAAGAAGCUUUUACAGAAAAUUGAGACCCUAAUUACAAUCAAUGGAAGCAGACACUGUUCUGUUGACAGAAGUCAAGGAGAAGCUCUGAGAAAAGAAAUGACAGAUUUAAUCGAAAGAGGCUCAAAAAGGUUUGAUCAAGUCCAGAAACAAAGAAAGAAACUGAAGCUACAGAUUGAAGGUGGGAAAAUUCCUCCAAAUUAUUUAAGAAUAGUGAUGAUUGGAGAGUCAUGUGCUGGCAAAAGCUCAACAGGAAACCACAUUCUAGGAAAAAAGAUGUUUAAUGUUAAUGAAAACAUUGACAGAAGAACAACCCACAGUGAAAUCAGCCACAGUGUGGUUGAAGGAAGGCGGCUCACAGUGGUCGAUUCUCCUGGAUGGUUCUACAUCAACACCCUUCAGGAAACCAGUGAGAUGGAUAAACUGGAAAUAGAGAACAGUGUGAAUCUGUGUCCUCCAGGACCACAUGCUGUGCUGCCGGUUAUUGAUCUCUCAAUCCACAUUGAUGAAUCAUAUCUGAGAUCUAUCCAGGAACAUAUGAGUCUGUUUAGAGAAGAAAUCUGGAAACACACACUUGUUCUGUUUACCUAUGGAGACUGGUUAGGAGUGAAGACUGUAGAGGAGCGCAUAGAGAGUGAUGAAGGUCUGCAGUGGAUAGUGAACAAGUGUGAGAACAGGUAUCAUGUCCUGAACAACAAGGACCACAGUGAUAAGACUCAGGUAAAGGAACUACUGGAGAAGAUUGAAGAGAUGUGGGCAGGAAAUGAAAAGUCUUACUAUGAAGUGGAGCUGGACCGAGCAACACAGCUAGAAACCAAGAGAGAGACUGGAGACAAGAUGGCCAAAAGGUUGAAGAAGCUCAAUGAGAGAAAGACAAGAGUCCUGAAAGAGCUGUUUGAAGGUGAGAGACAUCCAAUCACUGACAUCAGGAUUGUUCUUGUUGGCCAGAAAUGUUCAGGAAAAAGUGAAGCUGGAAACAUGAUUCUGUUCAAUGAAAAAUUUAAAAUGACCUUUGAGAGAGCUUGGUUGAAAAAGAACCAACAAGAUCAGAGAGAAACUUCAACAUGUGUAAAACACGAAGGAAUGUUUGAUGGAGUAAAAGUCUCAGUUGUUGAAACACCAGGCUGGUUCUCAGACCCAACACCACCGGACUGGAUCAAAGAUGAAGUUCUCCACAGUGUCUCCAUGUGUUCUCCUGGACUUCAUGUUUUUCUCCUGCUUGUUCCCAUCCUCAGAUCCUUCACAGAGAAAGAUCACAAAGCUCUGGUGGAGAUCUUGAAGCCGUUAACAGAGAGAGUGUGGAGACACUGCAUGGUGCUGUUUACCUGGGGAGACUGGCUCAAUGAUCUCCCUGUAGAGAAUUACAUCGUCAGAGAGGGAAAGGAGCUCCAGGAGCUUCUGGAGAAAUGUGGAAACAGAUACCAUGUUAUAAACCCUAUGAGAUCUGAUUGUUCUGUUCAAGUCAAAGAGCUUUUCCAAAAAAUCAUUAACAUGGAAAAACAAAACAAAGAAUGCUUCACAAUUAAAGGCAAAGAUCAUAAACUUCAGAUUUUACCUUGGCAAGCAAAACAGAUAGAAAAUGAGUGGAGCAGGAGAGAACAGGAACUGAUAAAGCGAAUGAUGAAAGCUUUAGCAAAGGAACCAGAAGAACAAACAGUGCUUCAUGUGAGAACAGCAUGGAGCAAAGAAGAAGGUCCUGACAUGAGUGGAGAUGUUGCCUCAGAAUAUGGGAGCAUUUCAGAGAACAGGAGACGACGAGCGCAUGACCACGUGGCUGAAUGGCUGACUAGCAGAGUGAGAGAGUCAGAGAUCAGCUCUAGGAUCAGCAGCAUUUCUUCCUCAAACACUUACAUGGGAAACUUAGAGGAAAAUUUUGAAAUUGAUUAAAGUCAACAUUCAAAUUUAGCAAAAGAACAAAGCACUAACUUAUCUCAUGAGUUUCUAAAAAUCACCAAACAUUUAAAUAAGUGUUUUAGCUACUUAGAAAAAAAGAUGGAUACUGACACUAAAAGAGUAGUAUUCAAGAAGUUUUAAAAAUUUUUUCUGAUAUAUAAACAUUUUAGGUAUUUCAAUAAAUAUUAACACUUAAAUAUUUUAAUUAGUUUUUAUCAUGCUUAUAUAAAUCUCAUGUUUCUUCUUCUGCAUUAUUAAUUUUGUUUAAAGGUUUAUUUUGUUUUACUAAACCAGCAUUGCGGAGGAAAAGUAAGGAAUAGUUGAUAAACAAUAAAAUUAUUACUUAUUCAUUAAUACAUGGACUCCAUGCUGUAUACCUUGAUUUUAUGGUUUGCACCUUCCAUUAGAUUUUCAUGUAACCUACUAGAAGAUAUAUAUACAACUUUCAUCCUGAUGUGUUCUGCAAAGCUUGAUGAUUAAAGUUUAAAAAGUUUAGUAGAUUUAAAUAUUAGAUCCUUAAAGGGUUAGGUGAAAUGUUAUUUUAAGACAAAGUAGAAGGAGGAACUGGUUCUGAGAUUAGCUUUAGAGCCACGAUGUUUCCAUCUGCUUGAGUUUUUCUAACAAAGAAUUUUUCAGGUUUGGAUUCUUUUAAGCCUUAAUUUAAUUGUUUUAAAUCACUCCUUAUUAAUAUGACCAGUGAUAACAUAAGCAUGUAAGGAACAAAUGAGAUAUCAAAAAUCUUCUUUGGUUUGAUACAAAUUCUUAAAACUGAAAUUAAAUUUGUUAAUUAUUUGAAUGUUUGUUCUUAGUGAACUAUAAAUUAUAAACUAACAAGAUGAAAUAAACAUCCUGAAAGUCGAGUACUGACAAUAAUAAUGUGUGUUUUUGAAGUGCAACAACAACUAAAACCCCUCUUAAGUAACUUCAGAUUACUAAAACAUUACACAGAUGAAGACCAGGCCUUAAUCUACAGAAUAAAAACUAUUAGUAUAAAAAGAUUGUUUUUGAAAUUAUUUUUGGAUGAUUAUUCUGUCAUACUUUCAAAUAAAUGUGCUCUUCUUGCCAA